AUGGCUCUACAUCCUCAGCGAGACCUUAGGAAGCUCAUCUUCGCCCCAUCCCCCUCCCCGGGCCCAGGCCAGGCGGGCCAAUUCCUCAAGCACGAGCCGCGCGGCGGCCUCCGGCGAGCGGACCUGCACGCCUCGGACCCGAUCGCGCAGUUCCACGCCUGGUACGACGCCGCCACGUCGUCCACCGGCCCCGCCGCCAUCGCCCACCCGGAGACGUGCACCCUCUCGACGGCGUCGCUGCCGUCGGGCCGCGUCAGCGCCCGCGUCGUCUACCUCAAGGAGCUGGACGCGCGCGGCUUCGUCGUCUACAGCAAUCUGGGCACGUCGCGGAAGGCGCGCGAUCUGUUCGGCGGCCCCGGCUCGGGCCCCGGCGACGCAGACGCAGACGGAGAGACCGGGAACGGGAACCCGUGGGCGGCGCUGACCUUCUGGUGGGAGCCGCUCGAGAGGCAGGUGCGUGUCGAGGGCCGGGUGGAGCGCCUGUCGCGCGCGGAGAGCCAGGCGUACUUCGACCUGCGCGUCCGCGGCAGCCGGAUCGGGGCGUGGGCGAGCCGGCAGAGCGCCGUGCUGGAGCCGGCGGUGGGGCGGGACGCGGGCGGGCAGAAGGACGACGACGACGACGGGCGCGCCAAGCUGGACGGGUGGGUGCGCGAGGUGGAGCGGCGGUUUGACGGCGUCGAGGACAUCCCCUGCCCGGACUUCUGGGGCGGCAUCCGCGUCGUGCCGGAGCGCGUCGAGUUCUGGCAGGGCAGGCAGAAUAGGCUGCACGACCGCUUCGUCUAUGACAGGGUCAGCAACCCCGGGGGUGAGGAGACGUGGACGCUGGAACGGCUGAGCCCGUAG